GCGAAGCUUGUUCCUGACCAAUGAUAAGGACGCAGCGAAAGUCUCGGUAGAGUUCCACCAGAAAAUCGCUUCCCCUUCGGCCCCGGCGCAAUCCGGCAUUGCUCUUCCCUGCUCUUCUCCCUUGGCCAUCGUCAACUUCGGCUACUUGCUCUCACUGCUCGGAGGCGCUAGCGGGUCAGUUCCGCCCUUUUCUUCGAUGCGUGUGGAACCAUCUGCCGCGGGCAUGGCGCCUACCGCAACCCCUGGUUGCCGUGCAGCAUGGAGCCUGAGCGUACUGCGCCGGCGCCUACCUGCCUCGCCUAUGUGAGCCCGUCGCCUCUCUGAUCUCCCCACCGGCUGCAGGCUGCCUCCUACUCUCCUCUCGCGAGCCGGUUUUGUAUGCUCAAGUACCCGACGUUGCCAGAGCAAUACAUUUCCCUAGCUAUUCUUCUGAGUGAAUCUCUUCCUUUACUCAUGCAGUGGGCUUAUGAGUGACGGUGUAAGACUUAGCUGCUAAAUAAUGGAUCAAACAACACCUUUGUCUUCAGUGAGGACUGAGGACCUGCUUCUUUUCAUCUACUUGCUUCAAUGUUUUGCCGAUGACCUCUCAAAUUUUUAAGGCAUUCCUGGUAAGAACACUGUACAGGAGCGAUUGGAGAUCCCAUUUGGUUCAUCUCUGGUCGUUUAUGUGAUCGAAAUUUUUUCCCUUGGCGUUCCACAUUCUGAUUAAGGUGACAGCCUCCCAUUGUGAUGCCAGGCCCUAAUUUCAGAUUGUACUUACUCUUAAUCCCUGUGGUGGCCAACUCAUUUCCUCCCCCAACUCCCAUGGGCGACUCCGGCAUCGCCACCAACCCCUCCUCACCGCCCGCGGCCAUGGAUCCCGACUCCGAGGUCGUCUUCGACUUCAUGCCCUACCUCUGCCAGUACAAGAGCGGCCGCAUCCACCGCCCCGGCGGCGCCCCCACCGUCCCCGCCGGCACGGACCCCGCCACCGGCGUCGUCUCCAAGGACGUCCGCGCCGGCCCCGCCUCCGUCCGCAUCUACCUCCCGCCCGGCGCCACCGGCAAGAUCCCGGUCGUCGUCUACUUCCACGGCGGCGGCUUCGUGGUCGGCUCGCCGGCGCGGCCGGGCACGCACAACUACCUCGUCGACCUCGUGACCCGCUCGGGCGCCAUCGGCGUGUCCGUCUACUACCGCCUCGCACCGGAGCACAAGCUCCCCGCCGCGUAUGACGACGCGUGGGCGGGGCUGCGGUGGGCGGCCACGCUCGGCGGCGGCGAGGAGCCCUGGCUGCUGGACCACGCCGACCUCUCCCGCGUGUUCCUGGUCGGCUGCAGCGCCGGCGCCAACAUCGCGCACAACACCGCCGUGCGGGCCUCGGCCCCCGGCGCGCUCCCGGACGGCGUCACCCUCCGCGGGCUCGCGCUGGUGCACCCGUACUUCACGGGCAGGGAGGCCGUCGGCGGCGAGGCCGCGCUCGGCCCCGAGAUCCGGGAGUACAUGGACCGCACGUGGCGGUUCGUGGUCUCGGAGACGGUGGGGCUGGACGACCCGCGCGUGUGCCCGUUCGUGGACGACGCCGCGCGCCGGGCCUCCGCCGGGAUCCCGUGCGAGCGCGUGCUGGUGUGCGUCGCCGAGAACGACUUCCUGCUCAGGGAGCGCGGGCUCUGGUACCACCGGGAGCUCAAGGCCAGCGGGUACGCCGGCGAGCUGGAGAUCUUCGAGUCCAAGGGCGUCGGCCACGCGUUCCACUUCGACCUGCUCAGCUCCGAGCAGGGCGUCGAGCUGCAGGAGCGGACCGUCGCGUUCAUCAAGAAAUGAAAUCACGGCUCCUGCUGACGGCAAGGGGUCAUGGAGAUUGUCCUGAAAUAAGAGUGUUUCUAAGAGUUCUGUGCUGCCAUUAAUCAUUCCCAUACUUCAGUUGUGAUGCCCUGAAAUUUGUUUGAUCUGUUCGUGAUCCCAAUUAAAUUUUCAAUCUUUUGGAUCCUUUCAUUA